UCAGAUUGAUAUUGUCGUCGUGGUGAAAAGUCUGUAUUUGAAGCGGCUCCAAAGGCACCGUUUGUUGAGCAGACUAACCACCACGAGCAUUUUCUAGAUAAGCGCCUGAGCGCUGAUCGAAGGCCGCUUUGAAAAUGAACUUGCCGCAAACUACUCACCUCUAUAUAUCGGUUUCAUUGUUGUUGGCGGUCUCGUUCACAAGUGUUUUCUCCAGGACCACCCUUACACAAGACCGCUCCAGUACUAGAAAUGAAACAGGUGUGGAGAAGUCUUGUAUGGCACGAGUUCUUCAUCUUCUACCAUCUACAGCUCUUCGCCUUAGCAUACAGGACACAGAGACACUGCUAGCAAAUCUACGUCAACCCAUUGAUCAGCUCGACUACGCCAACGCUGACACCGCAUCCCUAUCUGCUUUACUAGGUGGACGGCAGAAUGCUGAAAUGCUGGUACUGUGUCUGAGUGGGCAGCUUGAGCAAUGUCGCCAAAGUCCCCCGUGCAGCAAUGCAGGAAAAUGCAUUUUCAGCGGUUCUCGACAAGGGAGAGGCUCGUCGUACAUUUGCAACUGCAAUGAUGGUCAUUCUGGAACGUAUUGUCAGACCGAGUGGCUGGAUGCAAGAACGUUCCGAAAGUACGCAAACACAGUGCAUCAAAUCAGUGACCAGAUGAAGAACCUGGAGCGAGGGAUAGACGCAGCGAGACAUGAGGACGUCAGUCGGAUCGAAACCUUUCUCCAGAGACUUGAGCAAAAAGUCAUGACUAAGUUCAAUUCCACUUUGACUCAGCUCUCAUCUGAAGUUGUAGCACCGAAUCACCGCCUGGAUGAAGGCCAAGGAAAUCAAGAAGCAAAUGCGUCGUGUGAACGAACUAACCACGGGCAAUCAGGAUUGUUCACUGGUACAACAACGACUACGACAUUCACUGCAUACUGUGACCGAGAGACUGAUGGAGGUGGCUGGAUUGUGUUUCAGAGAAGACAGGAUGGCUCAGUGGACUUUUACCGUGACUGGAAUGCAUACAAACGAGGAUUCGGAUCAGCGUCUGGAGAGUUCUGGCUGGGUCUAGAUACACUACACUAUCUGACGUCACAAGCUGGUAGUACUUAUGAACUGCGUAUUGAUAUGGUGUUCAAGACAACUGCAGAGAAGCAUUAUGCCAAGUGGUCAACAUUCCGUGUUGAAGGUGAAGCUAACAAUUACAGACUACAUGUUUCAGGAUUCUCAAGCCCUACCUUGGUGGACAGCAUGAGAACCCACAAUGGACAACAGUUCAGUACUCGAGACCGUGACCAUGACUCUUCCCAUGGAGGAGACUGUUCCAAUCUGUACAAGGGUAGUUGGUGGUAUAGAAACUGUUACGAUGUCAAUGUCAAUGGAUUGUAUGGACGUAGUGAUGGAGACAACACUGGUGUAGUGUACUUUCAAAACGGGUCCAAGAGUUUGAAGUUUGUGGAAAUGAAGUUAAGAAAGCGUGGAUAAAACCCAAUGCACUACUAGAUUCACUACACACAAUGUGCUCAUUUGCAUCCAAAUGCAACAUUCUACACUUUUAAACGUCUUAACUAGAUUCCUCUUUUCAUGGUGGCUUUUCUCUAUCCUUGAAAAUAUGUAUACCGCAUUCCACCCAUAAAUGUCUUUUGCAGGAGAGUCAGCCUGCCAUUCGAUUCUUAAUCACCGGUUUCCAAAAAGGCAGUAAUGCUUUCGUUUAACAUAAUAUUGAUACACACAUGCACUAAGGGAGUGUUUACCAUUUCAGGGCAUUGCGCGCAUCCUCAUAACCAGCUUCUCCGCCACCAUAGAACACAUUGAUCUCCUAGGAGCGCUUUCGUUUUAUAAUUUUUAUCAGCGAGCCAUCGUGGUAACAAGAAUACAAUCAUUUUUUCUUAUAUACUGGACUUUUCCUGUCUACUACAAUCACCCGCAUUCUCUCACUAGCCAUCUGAACAUUAACCAUCUAGCGCUAUACACUUUACCAGCUGUUUUCUAUGUUGUUUUACAUCACUAAUUGCUUAAACCAGACACACUGUUUUUGUUACUCA